UUCCGAAUAGAAAAUGGAAUGUCAGUAUAAAAAAUACAAAAAAUAUACAAAACUGAUUUUUUUUUCUAAAACCAAAAUGUUAUUUUACUUUUGGUUCCAAUUUGGCCUUAUAGAAGCUGCUUCCUCAAUUUUUGAUAAAACGAUUCCAACUGUUUCUUGUCAAAAUAAUAUCACUUGUGGAUAUGGAGUGCCACACAUUAUGUGCGUGUCUCGACCACCACAAUGUCAGCCAUUUACACCUCUCAAAUUAGGCGCUGAUGAUAUUUAUCAAUUUUUACUUGGUCAUAAUGGUUUGCGAAAUCGAGUGGCAAAGCAGUAUAAUAUAGCGAACAUGAAUAUCGUGCAUUGGAGCGAUCUAUUGCAAAUCAGAGCUGAGCGUUUUCUCAGAAGAUGUCGUGUGGAACCUGAUUCUUGUCAAAAAGUUGGUCCCCGUGAGACACAAGUGAAUCAAAAUUUUCACUUUCAUCACGGUGUUAUACAUCGCCAAUGGGCGGCCCAUUUGGUGCGCAAAUGGUACAAUGAAUUCAAUUAUCGUGAAAAAUGGGAGAAUUUUAAAGAAAAACGAAAAAGCGGUCUCAUUGGCAACUACUCGCAAAUGAUUUAUCCUUCAGUAGAACAGAUUGGUUGUAAUGCCGCAAAUCUCUCCGAUGGUACGCUCUUUGUUUGUUAUUACUGGCCACGCACGCUUAAAAAAUAUGAAGAUGGCUUUCUUUAUGGAGAGCCUUGUUCACAAUGCAAUCCACAAUUACCUGCUUGUUCACGCAUCUUUCGUGGACUAUGUGGCAUAGAUUUAGAAAUAUCCGAGGCUGUGAGCUUACUGAAAAGUGUUGAGCAACAAGUCAUACUCAACUUAGUCUUAAUAAUCUUUAUUUUGCGAUGUAUAUCAUAAUACUUACCUAUAUACUUUAUUAGUUGGUCUUCCAUCCGAUAAAAUUUUUCGAAUAUUAGACGACUGUAAUGAAAAUAUUUUUUUUGUUUGAAACUUGACUCUCGGUCCACUUUUAUACCACUAUGUAAGAAUAAACAAAACUCGUAGAGAACACAAAUA